ACAUGGCGGCGAUGGGGAAGCGCUGUUUCCAGGGAGUUGUAGUUCGGUAGCCUGUCAAUGCGCCUUGGCGCCGACUAGAGAACAGCGAACUCCUGCCUCCCAGUAGCCUUUGCGACGGAAACGGGUUGCGCUCAGUCUCGUUGCAUUGUGGGCGCCGGCGGCGUGGAGGGAGUGAGAGGAGGCAGCGGAGGGGAGGAGAGCAGCUGUUGGGGGAAGAAGCCCCGAGUGGCACGGCGCGAUGACGGAACGGAAAGGUACGGCUAAAGUAGACUUCUUGAAGAAGAUCGAAAAGGAAAUCCAGCAGAAGUGGGAGAAUGAGAAGGCAUUUGAGAUUAAUGCAACAGAUGCUGCAAGCCACAAAAGCAAUGGCAAGUAUUUUGUCACCUUUCCAUAUCCAUACAUGAAUGGCCGGCUUCAUCUGGGACACACAUUUUCUUUAUCUAAAUGUGAGUUCGCAGUUGGGUACCAAAGGCUAAAGGGGAAAAGCUGUCUAUUCCCUUUCGGACUGCAUUGUACUGGCAUGCCUAUUAAGGCAUGUGCAGAUAAGUUGAAAAGAGAAAUGGAGCUUUAUGGCUGUCCACCAGAAUUCCCUGAUGAAGAGGAGGAGGAAGAGGAGGAGUCAAAGGGGGAAGAAGUUGUCAUCAAAGACAAGGCUAAAGGCAAAAAGAGUAAGGCUGCUGCCAAGACUGGCUCCUCCAAAUACCAGUGGGGAAUCAUGAAGUCUUUAGGCCUUUCCGAUGAUGAAAUAGUGAAGUUUUCAGAGGCUGAGCAUUGGCUUGAUUACUUCCCACCUCUAGCUAUUCAAGAUUUAAAGAGUAUGGGACUGAAGAUAGAUUGGAGGCGUUCCUUCAUCACCACUGAUGUUAACCCCUAUUAUGAUUCUUUUGUACGAUGGCAAUUUCUAACCCUGAGAGAAAGAAAUAAAAUUAAAUUUGGAAAACGAUACACCAUUUAUUCACCAAAAGAUGGACAGCCAUGCAUGGAUCAUGACAGGCAGACAGGGGAGGGUGUGGGACCUCAAGAAUACACUUUAAUAAAAAUGAAGGUGGUAGAACCUUACCCUGUGAAAUUAAGUGGCCUUAAAGGAAAGAAUAUCUUCUUGGUAGCUGCUACUCUACGACCAGAGACCAUGUUUGGGCAGACUAAUUGUUGGGUUCGCCCUGAUAUGAAGUAUAUUGGCUUUGAGACUGUGAAUGGCGAUAUUUUUAUUUGCACACAGAGAGCUGCCAGGAAUAUGUCCUAUCAAGGCUUCACAAAAACCAAUGGAGUAGUACCUGUUGUGAAGGAGCUCAUGGGAGAGGAGAUUCUUGGGGCUGCACUUUCUGCCCCUCUAACAUCCUACAAAGUCAUCUAUGCUCUUCCUAUGUUGACCAUUAAAGAAAAUAAAGGUACCGGAGUGGUGACAAGUGUCCCAUCUGAUGCUCCAGAUGACAUUGCAGCCUUGAGAGACUUAAAGAAAAAACAGGCAUUUCGGGCUAAGUAUGGCAUUAAAGAUGAAAUGGUCCUGCCAUUUGAACCAGUGCCCAUCAUUGAGAUCCCUGGCUAUGGCAGCCUUUCUGCUCCAUUGAUGUGUGACAAGCUGAAAAUCCAGAGUCAAAAUGACAGAGAGAAACUUGCUGAAGCCAAGGAGAGCAUUUACCUGAAAGGAUUUUAUGAGGGAAUAAUGUUGGUGGAAGGAUACAAAGGUCAGAAGGUUCUGGAUGUCAAGAAGCUUAUUCAGAAGAAAAUGGUAGACAAUGGUGAAGCAAUGAUCUACAUGGAGCCAGAGAAGCAAGUCUUAUCUCGAUCAGCAGAUGAGUGUGUGGUGGCUCUUUGUGACCAGUGGUACUUGGACUAUGGUGAAGAAAACUGGAAGCAGGAGGCUCAUGAAUGUCUGAAAACCCUGGAGACAUUUUGUGAAGAGACAAGAAGAAAUUUUGAAGCUACCCUAGGUUGGUUGCAGGAACAUGCCUGUUCGAGAACCUACGGAUUAGGUAGUCGUUUGCCUUGGGAUGAGCAGUGGUUGAUAGAAUCUCUCUCUGAUUCUACUAUCUACAUGGCCUUCUAUACAGUUGCUCAUCUCCUGCAGGAGGGUAAUCUCCAUGGACAAGGAGAGUCUCCAUUGGGAAUUAGGGCAAAUCAGAUGUCGAAAGAAGUUUGGGACUACAUCUUCUUUAAGACAGCUCCAUUCCCUGCAACAAAAAUCCCAAAGGAAACUUUGGAUAAGCUGAAGCAGGAAUUUGAAUUCUGGUAUCCUGUUGAUCUGCGUGCUUCUGGCAAGGAUCUGGUUCCAAACCACUUGUCAUAUUAUCUUUACAAUCACGUGGCCAUGUGGCCAGAUCAAAGAGAAAAAUGGCCUCUAGCUGUGAGAGCAAAUGGUCAUCUCCUCUUGAAUUCAGAGAAGAUGUCUAAAUCUACGGGCAACUUCCUUACUCUGACUCAAGCUGUUGAGAAGUUUUCUGCUGAUGGCAUGAGGCUGGCAUUGGCUGAUGCAGGUGAUACUGUUGAAGAUGCAAACUUUGUGGAAGCCAUGGCAGAUGCUGGCAUCCUCCGCCUGUACACCUGGGUGGAGUGGGUGAAGGAAAUGCUUGCUAACUGGGACAGUUUAAGAAGUGGGCCUGCCACCACCUUCAAUGACAGAGUCUUUGUCAGUGAAAUGAAUGCAGGCAUAAUGAAAACAGAUCAAAACUAUGAGAAGAUGAUGUUUAAGGAAGCUCUGAAAACUGGCUUCUUUGAAUUUCAGGCGGCAAAAGACAAGUACCGUGAACUAGCUAUAGAAGGAAUGCACCGGGAUUUGGUGCUCCAGUUUAUCGAAACUCAGACGCUCCACUUAGCUCCAGUCUGCCCUCAUGUGUGUGAACACAUUUGGGCGCUGUUGGGCAAGACAGACUCCAUCAUGAAAGCUUCCUGGCCAGUGCCUGGCCCUGUGGAUGAAGUAUUGAUUCGCUCUUCUCAGUACCUCAUGGAGGUAGCCCAUGAUAUCCGCCUGCGCCUCAAAAGUUACAUGGCACCAGCUAAAGGCAAGAAGGGCAAUAAAGAAGCACCCAAGAAGCCAUCCCACUGCACCAUUUAUGUGGCAAAGAACUAUCCACCAUGGCAGCACACCACACUGUCAGUUCUGCGCAAGCAUUAUCAGACUAAUGGAGGACAGCUGCCAGACAAUAAAAUAAUUGCCAGUGAACUCAACUCCUUACCGGAACUGAAGAAAUACCUGAAAAGGGUUAUGCCAUUUGUUGCUAUGAUUAAGGAAAAUCUAGAGAAGAAAGGCCCACGUGUCCUUGAUCUGGAACUGGAGUUUGAUGAACGAGCUGUGCUCAUGGAGAAUAUAGUUUAUCUGACAAAUUCCUUGGAGCUGGAACACAUAGAACUGAAAUUUGCUUCUGAAGGUGAAGAGAAAAUUAAAGAGGAUUGCUGUCCUGGAAAACCAUUUUGCACAUUCAGAGUAGAACCUGGUGUGUCUGUAUUUCUGGUAAAUCCUCAGCCAGCAAAUGGCCACUUCUCUACAAAAAUUGAGAUCAGACAAGGUGAUGGUCGAGAUGCAAUAAUCAGACGCUUGAUGAAGAUGGAUAGAGGAAUCAAAGAUCUUUCCAAAGUGAAAUUAAUGCGGUUUGAUGACCCUCUCCUGGGCCCUCGUCGUGUUCCUUUGCUUGGAAAAGAAGAUGCUGAGAAGUCCCCCAUCUUAGAUCAAGCUGUCUUUCACAUAGACCUAGCUGAAAAGCGGGUUCACCUCACUGAAAAUGGGUUAAUGAGCGAUAUUGGGGAUACGCUAGUCUAUAUAGUUAAUUAGAUUUUAGAUAAAGCUUGAUUAAUCACCAAUGAGUCUUUCAAUAACAUGAAUAGCUUUAAAAUUUCCUAGUGGACCACAGCAAUUUAAAUUUCUGAGAGAAAACACUGCAUCAUCUUGUACGUAGGUUACACUCUUUUAAAAUCUGGCUAUAAUAAAUAUAUUUUCCAUCC